AGCAAAGAAUCUUUUUGGUCCGCCAAAUACUUGAUUUUUAUCGUAACUAUGGCCUCGAAAUCAAAGGAUAAAGGAGAUACAAAAGAAUCAAGUAGAACUGUAGAAGGGCUUAUGUCUAAAGAAGAUGGUGGAGACAGCAGCCCUACCGGUAUGAAUGGUGACCUUGACGAUGGACCCCAGUUGUGGAUUCAUACACCAGAAGAUGAAGACAAUGUAAAUGAUGAAGCCGAGAAGAAGAGGAUGCAUAAUGUCUGGGAGCGACGUCGGAAAGAUAAGAUCAAACGUUGGGUAUCCCACAUUGCAACGCUGCUUCCUCCUGUCAUCCAGUUCCAAUCCAAACGUGAUAGCACACUGGAGAUCAUGGAGAAGGCCUCAGUUUACAUUCAGGAGAUGCAGGACAAGAAUGAAAAGCUGCUAAUGGACAAGGGUGGAGCACAAGUGGAUGAAAUAAAAAAGUUGAGAAAAGAGCUUGAGGAUGUCAAAAGCCAGCGAGAUAAAUAUGCUGAUAUGUUGAAGCAUGCAGGAAUUUCUCUGCUGGAAGAUCCUUCUCAUUGGAAAUACUCAAGAAAUCAAAACAAGCCCGACAGCACAGCUACGACACUAGAUUGUGAAUCCAGCAGCCCUUACCUUUCUAAUGGAACUACAGUUGUUGCUGACAGUUCAUCCUCAAAAGAUGAAGAAACCCACUACAAGACAAAGUCUAGAAGAAAAAAUCUGGUCAGCUCCCAUCUUGAAGCUAAAUCAAACAGUCUCCAGCACUCUAACCACUCGCCGGCCCAGGGAAUGUCAGGGUCUAUGUUGGCUCCAAACUUCAUUGCUAACAGUGGUAUGCCCAUGAUGAACUCCAUCUUUGGAGGAUUGGGACAGCAGGUCAUUGCCAAUCAGAACCUUUUGAUGAAUCCAGCUUUCCAGAAUGCGUCUAUCAUGCAAGGCAUGCCGAAUACAGGAGCGCAAGGUGGUGUCAUAAUGCAUUCAGGACAGGGCAUGUUUGCCGACAAGGCUGGCGCGGUGAACAAUUUAGGCUUACUUCAGCUGGCCAUGCAGGAUGCAGGAAUAACGCCGACUGCUCCGUCGGAUGGGUCUCACCAUACAAGUCCCGUAGAGUCGAGUUCUUCAGGCGAUGUAACCCAGACUUCCCAUUCUGCAUCAUCCACAGAAAUGUCGAGAAGUAUAUCUGUGAUGCAUGAUGAACACACGACCUCUGCCUUGCAGACUCUGGCCUCUGUUGCGUCGAACACCCAGAAUGCCACAGUCGGUACGGCAGUUCCGCCAGCAUCAACUGCCGCGACGGUGACACUGGCACAGAACAGCUUGGGCGUGACUAGCACGACGUCCAGCGUUAACUCCAUCAUGUCGCUGGGACCUCCAGGUUACACGCAGAUCAUGCAGGCAGGCGGCAUGAUGAUGAACGUGCCAGUCAUGCCGGGCCAGCAGCAGAACACUUUUAACAUGCUGCCAAAUGGAGCUAUGGGCAACCUUGUACUUAACCAGCACGGCCAGAUUAUAAUGCUUAAUGAUCAAGGGAUACCAGUUAUGGCUGGAAUUCCAAACUACCAGGCUGCUGAGGAGCAGCUGUCGAAAACGAAUACAGAGAAGUCAAAGUCAUCUAAGAAACAGAAGACAGGUGUCUCUGGUGGGUCCCAGCAGAAUUUAGCAGAUCUUCAGGAUUCAGCAGCCAGUCACCCACCUUCUGUCAGUUGUCCAUCCUUAGUCCAAGGUCAGCCACCAGGUCUAGGUCAAGGUCAAAGUCAGCAGAUGGUGCCGGGUUUGCAACAGAUGCACCACGGUCAAGGACAAGUGGCGGGGAAUUUGACAGGUCAGCUAGCUCAAGCUGGUGGACUUGGUCAGCAGAAUCAGAUUUCUGGUUUCCCUCAGCAAAUGAAUUUGAUGCAGGGAAGUGGAUUUCAGUCAAUCCCAAUGCAAGGACAACCACAGGUACCGGGUACGAUAUCAGGUGGUCAACAACAGCAGGUCAACCAGAACAUGCUGCAGACUCUGAUGCCAGGUAUGGUUGGGCAGCAGCCACAUGCGUCUGCCGCAGGUCCACAGAUAUCAGCUGGUCCUGUUUCUGCGGCCACCCAGGGAGUCGUUCCGGUCAGUCAGGCAGGGAACGGAAACCUGCUGGCCUUGAACACUGUGCCCAGUCAGCCGAAUCAGCUCCCGACAGCACUGAUACUUCCAAAUGGCCAGAUCAUCCCCGUUGUGACAAACCCACAGCCUCUAGGGGGACAGCAGAAUGCCAUCAGUUCCAGUGUGCAUAUGGUUCCAGGGCAGGGUCCUCAGAUACAGCUUCAACAGAUGCCAGGGCAGGCUGGGCCUGGAGUCCUCAUUGACCCUAACAAUCCAAUGAGUGCUCAAGUUGUUGUUGGACCUUCAGGGGUCCAGUUAGCUCCAAACCAGCAACAGUUUCAGCAGCAACAGCAUAAUCUACAACAACAGCAGCAGCAGCAGCUUCAGCAACAGAUGGCGUUGAUGCAGCAACAGAUGAACAUGAGUCUGAUGAUGACAUCAACGGGAGCCCAGGGGACGCUGUCCUCUUCUACAACAACAGUAGCAUCAACUAACUUAGCGACAUCGUCGUCAACGCCAAGCUGUUCUGUUCAAUCAAGUGUUAUCCCAAAAGUUGGAAAUUCGGCCAGUUUGAAUAAAUCUGGAACUAAUUCUCAGAAAGCGGGUAAAAACCACCAGGCUGACUUGCUGGUAAAUGAAAGUGAUGUCAUGAAGUCUGUUUCAGUGGCUGGAAAGAGUCAUACUCUGUCACAGUCAGUGGAUUCUGUAGGUUUGAGCACUGCUCCAUUUGGACAGACAGGUAUGGGUUCAACAGUUGGACUGUCUGCUUCAGGAAUGAAUCCGGCUAUGUUGCAAAGUGGGGCUGUGUUAAAUCCUGCUAUGGGGCAAACAGGACCAGGUGUGAAUGCCUCCAUAGGACAGAAUGGCACAAUGUUUAACCAAGUUGUGGGACAGACUGGGGCAGCAAUGAAUCCAGUGUUGAGUCAGACAGCACCAGGUGUUAACCCUGCAAUGGGGCAGAGUGGAGCCAUUCUUCUAAACCUUCCUGUGAAUGGUCAGCAGAUGAAUGUUCUUGUCGAUCCUGUUACCAUGCAAGUUCUGGGAACUUUGCCACCCCCUCAACAGCAGCAGCAACAGCCCACACCCUCUGUCCCUGCUCCUGCACCACCACCUACUCCUUCCAACAUCCCUGCGACAACUCCCUUGCCAAAACGAUCCAGUAAGAAGGGACACCGAGCAAUCUGUCCUAAACCUAAGCCAGGUGCAGCAGCGGAAAAAGAUUCUUCUGUGUCUGAAAAUCUCCCCCAAAAUGAUGGAGCACAAACAAACUGGGAAGCACCGAACCCGUCUGGCACUGAGGCAUCAGCAAGUGGAGCCAAAGAACAAGUGAGUUCAGGAGAGAACAAUGACAAUCUGACUAGCACUGACCCCACUGAUAUUCUGGCCAAAGCAGCUGAAUCAAUAUUUCUAGCAUCGGAGAUUUCCCCGCCAAGUGGAAGUUUUUACAACCCAGCCAAUGAAGACAAUCCUCUGCAUAUUGACACAAGUGUGGGUGAUGGGGAGGAGGAUGUAUUGGGUUCACCCAGUAAGAAUGUCCAUUCUGUACAGACCUCGGAAGCUGUCAAAGUGGCGGAGUUCGUGAAGAGUUCCACUGAAUGUGUCACACAGCCUCUUCCGCACGUUUCAGUUGGCAGUGAGCUGCAAAAGGGAGCAGCAGUUACUGCAGUGACAAAAACACAUCUGGAUCCAGCCCCUGUUAUACCAGAAUCUGUUCCUUCUACACCAAAGAAAAGUAAAGCUCGCUCAAAAUCUUCGUCUAAGGAUACCUCCACAUCAGACAAUGCAAAGUCAGGUGGAAAGAAAUCAUCCAGUAAGAAAAAGAAAGAGCCAGUUCCUGCGACUGAACCCGACACAAUAAUGAGCUUACCUGAGAGUAUAACCUUUAGUGAGAGUCAGCUGAGUGACGUGCUAGACCAGGUGGAGAACUUUGUUGCUUCUACAGUUGAAUCACCCGUGAAAAAAAGCAGAAAAGGCAAGGCCUCUGAUGAGGAACCAUCUAGCAAAAAGCGAAAAAGGAACUCUGCUAAAGAGAAGGACGUGUCCGUGAAAAAACCUAAGGAUGCUAAGUCAGGUAGUUCUUCUAAACUCUCUGUGUAUGACUUCCAAGACAGUCCUCCUGAAGUUCCUUCAGCUACUCCACCAAAACGGACAGGUGGUAGUGGGUCUAGCAUCCUUCACACCACCUCUGAUACUGCGAGUACUCAUCUUUUAAAACCUACAAGUGAUGUGAGCAAAAGUGUUCAAAAGAAAUCUAGCACUCCCGAUGAAAAUAUUGAUGUGAUUGAGAACAUUUUGUCUCAUUUGAAAAGGGAGCAAGAGAAAGCAUCAAAAUUGGAACAGGAGGGAAAGACAAAAUCUGGUAGCAAGAAAAAGAAAAAGAGCAGCAAAGACAAAGAUAAGGAAACGAUUGCCAUUCCACCAGCUGCUCCACCUGUGUGUACAAGUUCAUCGUCACCGGAUAACCCGACUGUUGUUUCUCAAACGGUUCCCGUGGCACAAAAAACAGACUUAAUGGAGAAUGAUGUCUCUAGCUCAAUGCUGUCUCCCCCAUCAAAUAACUCCACACAGUCAGCAGAUGUCGUGACUGCUGCAAUAUCAUCCAGUGGAAUGGACUCCUUGAUGGAGCUUGCUGCACCGUCUCCACCCCUGACAGCAGUGCCUUCCAUUGCUGUGUCUUCCCCAACCCCAAUAACAACCUCAGUGCUUACACCUUCGCCAGGACUUGUUCAAACCUCUCCCAUGCUUGUUCCGUCUCCGGAACUCACAAUACCUUCCCCGCCUCACAGUUCAUCCCCAGGCCAGCUUCUAAUACAGUCGCCUGAGUUCCAGAGCGUGGGGCUUAAUCAGUCUCCGCAGUCGAUUCAGAAUUCACCGUCACAAUCAAUGUUACCGUCGUCUGUCUCGGGGUCAAGUCCAGCGUCUGGGUCUUCCACGCCAAGAUACCAGUCCAAUUUUGAAUCCCACCUCCAGCAGCAGUCUCAGCCGUCGGUGAAACUGAACCACAUGUCUCAUGUUCCUACUGUUAAACCACACGACCAGCUGUUUCCACACACACCUACGUCGGCCAGUCAAGAACUGCGUCAGCAGCAGCUGACUCCAAGUGUCGAACAAACCAAUCAGAACAUCAAGAGCCCGAGUCAUCAAAAUUAUCUUCCUAGUACUCAGAUGAACUCUAUCUCACAACUUUCUACCUCUCCAUCUCAUUCAAACCAGAAAAAACAGUCCAUGACACACGUGCCUCUCCAUGGAAGUGAAACAAAUUCGAUUGAGCCAAACCCCCAGAUGUCAGCUGGUGGUGGCCUUAAUGAUCAAAUGCUGAGAUCUCAUGCAUCGCCACAUCAACAGACACAGUUACCACAACACUCGCUCUCUCAGAUGCCGCAAAGAUCAGUGUCUUUCCAGGCUGGUCUCAAUACCAGUUCAGCAGUCCCAAAAUCUGCUCCUAUUCCAUCACCAGGAAGAACAAACCAGGAGACUGUGCAACCAAGGGUAGAAAAUUCUAACUUAACCAGAUUAGAAACAACUCAGCCAAGAAAUAUGGGAGACAACUCGGGGUCUAUAACCAGAAUUGACAGAUUGGACCCAACACAGAACAUAACAAUGGGAGAUAACUCGGGGAAUAUUCCCAUGAUGGAUACAGUUCAGAAUAGAACUAGGGUUGACAACUCUAGAACAAAUUCAUCUGCCUGCUCCAACUAUCAACCGCCUCAAAGCAUGCCUGGCUUCUCGAAUGCCAACAGCAUGUUGUCGCCCAAAGAACAGUCAUUUGGCUCCCCUCCCCAGCUUUCAUCUACCAUGAAGCUGACUCACCUGCCAGCCUCUGGGCAUCAGCCUGGUAAACCUGCUGCCAGUAUUGUCACAUCAGAUGCCGUUCAGAGAUCAAGAAGUGGAAUUUUCUCAGCGGAAAACUUUGUUGAGCCUAGCAGGAAUGGGAGCAACCAUUCACAGACUCAUGCAGGCAAUAUGUCAAGGAACAGUAAUAACAAUUACGGCCGAAUGAACAACAGUGACCCCGCCAAUGAUAGUUUCAACUUCACAAGUAUCGGUCUUAAUCUGACAUCGAACAGUGCAGCUAAUAAUUUACCAAACAACAGCUCUUCCAGUGGAUCGACUCCAUUUUCGUUUAGCCUAACCCCUGUGACGGCAACCACGACUACAGCCACAACCUCCUGUUCACAAGCCAGACCAAGCUCUGGUCCUUCUUCCCAGGUCGGACAUCAUCAGUUUCCUUUCUAUCCAUUACAUCCUUCAGUGUCACAGCCGGCUGGAAGUAGCACCACUAGCAACACAAGCAGUGAUUCCCAAGCUGGACAGCCACAUCCUACUGUGCAUAUGUUAGGACUGGGCAUGGAUCUGAGAAUGGAGAAUUCCUCUCAAAACAUGAGACCGGGAUCCAAGAACCAGAUGUCAGGACAGACGUCGUUUGGGUUUGGAAUGGGAGACAUGGGUGGGCCUGAGUCAGCCAUGCACGACAGGCUUGGUAUUCAAGACAAAGGGUCUGCAAACAGUUUCAACAGUGGAGGAAACCAGAAACGUCAUUCUGAAAUAGCGCCAAACAGAACAGUGCAAAGCUCCCAACACAUGGACACCGGUUCUGUUCAGAGACCACCGCCAGGGAAUAAUCCUUCCAAUUACUUUUCCCCUUCUUUUCACAGUUCUUCGACAUCACUGAACACUCCUCCACUUCACCAUCCCCCGAUUCAAACCCAGAGUUCUGAAGGCUCUCAAGUGAAUUCUAGGAUAGCAGAUAAUUCACGAAUCAAUGCUAAAACACGACUGCCCGAGAAUCCUAACAUACACCAGGAUAACACGCGCUUGCAGCAGGAUAAUUCUCAUAUGCCAGAAGCGUCAAGAUUGGUCCACAUGAGACCUAAUUUUCCAUCUAAUUUUCCAGGACCUGCUCAAAGUUCCAUGCUGUUUGGAAGUAACAGAUUUGAAAAUGAUGUCCCUUUCAACAGGGAGUGUAGCAAUCCGCAGCAGUACCAGCAGUCAGGGAAUGCAUCAUCUGGUAAAUCUGUUGGUCCUCCUCAAGCUAAGCAGAAAUCAGCCUCACACUCUGGUCAUGCCCUUGGCCAUCCACCGUCGGCACCCCAUAAUGUAAAUACAAACUCUGCACGGAGUCAUAACUCUAACCCAAGCAUGUCCAGUUCCCAGAGCUCAAGUCAUCCUGUACCACAGCCUCAGCAGCAGAGUACACCACAGCCUCAAGGCAGGUCGACAAAGUCGAGAAAACAAAGUAAAAAGAGCUCCAAACAAACCUUCAACAUGGAAAUGGACACAAAUCUUUCGCACUCGAUAUUUGACAGCAACCAGGGAAUUCCACCAUACUUUCAGAUCCCCAGCCUGCCUCCAUCCCCUUCUAGAAAUUUGCCAAAUGAGGGUCCAUUUUUGCCUGGAAAUUUUUUCAGUUCAAGUGGACGGCCUCUAUCUAAUGCCAGUGCCAGUAUUCCAAAGAAUUCUGAUUUGGGAACACCAUUCAAUUCCCUGUUUUCCCCAUCAAGACCACAGAAUGGGUUAGGUUUGAAUUUCCAGCCGACCUUUGGCAUGAAUCCUGGAAAUCCAGUGAACACUUCUCAGAUGCCUCCUUCCGGAGGACUAGCAGUAACUCCACACAUGUCAAACUUCAGCCUUGGAAAUCUGAAUUUUCUCUCUGAUGUGAAUGUUUCGCAGUGCGACUCACUAAACAUAUCUCCGAUAAAGUUCCAUACUAACCCAAUGUUGCCCCAUCAACCCGGAGGAGACCCAAAUUGUCCCCUCCAACACCCACACCAAGGUCCUGGACUGUACCACAACCGUGGUCAUCCAGGACAGUCCCCUCUUAUGCACAACAGUAUGAGUAUCAACAGUCUCCUGGGUCACAAUCCACAUGGAUUUGACACCAGGGCAAUGGGUCAGCCGAUUAAUUCGUCUGUGGGACCUCCAUUUCACGGACCUGGCCACCCUGGGACGUUUGCCAUGCCACCACUGAAUUUCUCUAUGCACGAACACUGAUAGGUGUUUUUCUGACAGGGUACCUGUGCUGUUGCUGUGUUCUACAUGUUUCUGCCUUAAUUCUGAAGAACCUUUGUGGUCUCUUGUGUUACCUGAACUUGUGGUAGAAGUAUGAUUCUGUGAUACAUCAUAUCAUGUUUGUUGUGUGUUCACCUUGACUGUUGCAGUAGCAAGUUUAUUAAUCGUUUGAUGCGAUGACAUAUAUUAUAUAUAUAUAUAUAUAUUUACAUCAUAAUUUUAAUACUUCUAGUAUGGAUAUGUUAUUGAUGAUCAUUUAAUCUUGUGGACACCAUUUUGUAAUGUUUUAUACAUGUAACUAUGAAAUUUAAUAUUUGACUUUGUGAUGUUUUAGAUAUAAUAACAUGUGCGGGGUGGGAAUUCUUUUUCAUCCUUCAUCGUUCAUAAAAUACAUUUGUUUUAAAUUAAACUUUUUAUAUUAGCAUUUUUUUCUUACAUACCAGCCCAAAAUAAUUAUGUAGAUUGUAUCAAUCCAUUCUCCAAUACAUUUAUAUAUUAUUAUUAUAACAUGGGAAAAUUAAGUUAAAGGUAGUUUUUAAAAGUUAAAGUUUGUUUUGUUUAACGACACCACUAGUGCACAUUGAUUUAUUAAUUACCGGCUAUUGGAUGUCAAACAUUUGGUAAUUUUCACAGUCUUAGAGAGGAAACCUGCUAC